AUGCACCCUGUGGCGGACUCUGUGGCGAGGCGGACAGCAGUUGCUGCUGCCGUGCUCGCCCUCCUCUCAGCUUUUUCUCACGCUCGCUGCAACGUCGACUAUCGGCUGCCAAACGCUGUCACCUUGUCCUCCACCUCACAGCCGUACGGAACGGCUGCAGCUGUCUUUGAUGCGAGCAAUGCAUACCUGGAUGUGGCCUUUGGUGACUUUUCACCAACGGCAUCUACUCCUGUGCUUAUCGAUGACUCGUUUGCCACACCGCGGCGUUUGGCGGCCGGGGAUGUCGAUGGUGAUGGCUCGCCUGAUCUCGUGGUUCCCUUCCGUGACAGCAACACCCUUGUCCUCUACAGGAACAUCGGCAACGAUGCCACCUUUCCCUCCUUUGGUCCGCUCGAGGGUGUGUUCUUUGGCGAUGGCGCCGAGCCGUACUCGGUGGCCAUCGGUGACAUCAACGGCGACUCGUUCGUUGACGUCGUCUACACGCUGGAGCGCUUUAAUCUUGUCGGCGCUUUCAUGGGCACAGGCCUGGGCUCGUUGGCUUCGGUCCCAGUCAACCUCACCGACGACCUUGUUUUCCGCCCGCUUCAGGCUGUCGACAUUGUCAUUGCCGACAUGGACCUCGAUGGUGUCAACGAUGUGCUCUACUCUGAGGGCUUCUCCGACCGCAUCGUCGUCAUUGCCGGCCGGGCAGACCUCGCCACCAACCUUCCCACCGCAGCGGCGGUUGUCGACGACUCGGCCGACACCCCGUUCUCGCUCGCGGUCGGUGACGUCGACAAGAACGGCCUGCUCGACGUAGUCAGUACCCUCUUUGUCGACGACCGCGUCGCACUCUACUACAACCGCGGCAUGCUCACCUUUUCACCGCGAGUCAUCAUCGCCUCCGAGAUUGACGCUCCGCUCAGCUCAGCGCUGGUAGACCUCAACGGUGACUCGUGGCUCGACGUCGUCUUUUCCGCCUCCAACUCGGAUUUCGUCCGCUGGAUCCCGGGCGACGGAUCGGGAACAUACACUGCCUCCCCGCAGCGGAUCGAUGACGCACUCGACGGUGCACGCGGCCUCAUUGCCGAAGACUUUGACGGCGACGGCCGCAUUGAUGUCGUCGCCGCGGGCUUUUUUGACGGCAACCUCAAGCUGUACCAUUUUAACGACUCGGCCUCGCCCUUCCCCGAAGGCCGGCGGUUGAUCUCCAACACCGCCAAUGGCGCCCGCGGCAUCGACGCUGCAGACUUUAAUGGUGAUGGUUUUACCGACAUCGUCUCAGCCUCGGCCUUUGACCACUCGAUUACCGUCUACGUCGGCGACGGGUCGGGCUUUCACCUUGGCAACGACGUCGUUGUUACCUCGACCUUUUCCGGCUCCGAGUCGGCCGUUGCUGGCGACUACAACAACGACGGCUGGGUCGACGUCGCCGGCUGUGCCGGUAUCAGCGGGCUCGUUGCCUGGUGGCCCAACGUCGGCGCCGGUACGUGGGCCGCCACGCCUGUCUCGGUCGGCACCUGCGCCGGGGCCAUGAAGAUGACCGGCGGCGACUUUAACAACGACGGCUUGCCCGACCUGGUCGUUGGCUGCCCCGAUGAGGCCUCGCCUUCGAUCAAGGUCUUCCUCAACGUCAACAACGGCGCUAGCUGGACCGAAAUCGUGGUAUUUUCCGUCGCCUCGUCCAUCGCCAACAUGGACACCGCCGUCGGCGAUGUCGACAACGACGGCUUUGUCGACGUGCUCUUUGUGGCCUCUUCGGUGAGGCUCGUCGGCUGGGCGCGUAACAACGGCGGGACCGGGUUCGACCCACCGCUGGCCGUCGACGUCCUCAGCACCGGUUUUACCGUCUCUGCUACGCUGUGCGACGUCGACUCGGACGGAGACCUCGAUGUCAUCUCGAGCGUCUCCAACGGCCCGAGCUCGGCCAUCACUGUCUACCACCAGACAACCCCAGGCACGUUUGAGAGCGUGCCGACAGACCUCGGCGGCUCGUUCGACCUUCCGUACUCUGUGGCGUGCGCCGACGCGUCGGGCGACGGUCGGCCAGACAUUGCUGUCGCCUCGUACUCGACCGACGAGAUCUCGUGGUUCCGCAACCGUGGCGACGGCUCGUUCUUUGGACAGGACGUGCUGACGACGUUCAAUGAGGGCGCGUACCGAGUCAAGAUCAUUGACGUCAACAACGACGGCUUCAACGAUGUGCUCUGUGCCGGCAAUGAGGACUCCACCAUCGAGGCCUUUGUCCACCGCCCGGUGGUGACCGGCGAGGCCGUCCGCGCCUCGCUUCCGCAGCUCGCGCCGGGCGUCCCAUACUCGCUGCACCACGUCCACUACGCGCUCAACACGGCGUCGCGGUGCGUGGCGCAGCGGAUCGAGCUCCCGGCGGAUGUGACGGUAGGCCAGUGCUCGCCGACGAGCCACUACGUGGUGCCUGCCGACGUGGUGUGGACGGUGGCCGGCCCACCAGGCGCUGCGCCAGCCAGCCGGCCGCGACUCGAUUGCGGUACCGCUGGCGGCGUGUUGUUUGAAGUCACGGCGAGUGGCUCUCUGACACUCGCAGAUCUGACGCUCCGCGGAGCGAGCGUCGGCUCGGCGGCGUCGGCUGUGACUGGGCUGCGGGUUGCCGGCUCGCGGGCGCGGCUCACGCUCGUCAACGCCACGGUCGAGGGCUUUUCGUCGGCGCAGGCGACCGAGCUGCAGUUUUUCUCGGGCCUUGGCGGCGCGGUGUCUGUGCUCGACGGCGGCACGCUGACGGCGAGGGCGACGACGUUCUCGGGCAACACGGCCAAGUCGCUCGGAGGCGCGGUGGCGCUCAUCUCUGCGGGCGCUUCAGCGACUUUGACUGAUGUGGUGCUGGAGAACAAUGUGGCUUUGGCGACCGGUGGCGGCGCGGUGGCGGUCCUCGCUCCUGAUGCGGUGCUGGCCUUUGGGGGCAACUCGAGGGUGGUUGGCAACUCUGCGCUUUCUGGCAGUGGCGGCGGGGUGCUGGUGGCCAAUGAGGCGGCGCGCGCAUCGGUGACGGUGGUUGGCACCGAGAUGUCGGGCAACACGGCCGGGGUGGCCGGCGGAGGGCUGGCCGCGUUUGCCGCGGCCGGCACGGGCGUGACCAUCGGCGCAGGAACGAUUGUGACGGGCAACUCGGCCGGAGCCGGCGGCGGAGUGGCGGCGCUGGCCGACUCGUACCUGCUGCCACGGACGACGCCACUGGCGGCGUCAGCUCUGGCACGAGCGCCAAGCGUUCCGCUGCUGGCUUCGCCGGUGGUGACCUUUGGCGCCGGCUCGACGCUUGGGAGCAACACGGCGGCGUACGGUGGAGCCUUUUUCGUGUGCAAGGCCAAAAUCGAUGCGUCGGCAGCUGGGCUGAGCGGCGGAAGCAGCGCAAGCAUCGGAGGCGGCCACGUGUUUGUGUGUCUCGACUCGAGCGGGAGCGCGCCGGUGCAGGGCACAUGGCUUGUUGACGUGAGCGGCGGGGCAGGUGCCGGCGCGGCGGGCGGGUACGGGCCGGCGCGGGCGAGUCCGCCGGCUGCGAUCAGCUUGGAGCCUGCGGUGCGGGAAGCAGUCUCGGGGCUUGCGCUCGGCUCGGGCGCGGUGCAGGCGAGCGAUGGAUACGGGCAGCUUGUGCGUGAUGGGCGGCUGGUGCUGCGUGUGCUUGAUCCUGCGCUCGCAGGAGUGGCGGUGUCCGGGAUGGAGCUCGGGGUUGUGUUUUCGGCAGCAACAGGCGAGGCGUCUGUGGCGCUGCUUGCGGCACUGGGCGCGGCGGAACAGCUGCCUGCGAGCGUCACACUGACGCUUGCCAUCUCUGCGCCUGUGGGCACGCCUGCGGCGUCGACAGCGCUGCAGCUCGAGUUGGGGCUCUGCCCACCAGGCUUUGGAGCCAACGGGCUCGCGCCACUUGCAGACCAGUAUCUGGUGUGCUCAGUGUGUGACGAGGGGUCAUACUCGCCCGAGGCGUCCGAUGCGCCGUGCGUGGCUGUGCCAGCAUGCCCGGCGCGGUCGCUGCGGCGGGCGGCGCCGAACGCGACGGGGCUGGAGUCGUGCGAGUGCGAGGCCGGAUCGUGGUCGCCCGAGGUCGAGCUGACGCGUCCGUGCACGCCGUGCCCUCUGGGCGGGAUCUGCGCCGGCGGGCGCGCGACGCCUGUGGCGGCGCCCGGGUUUGUGCCCGGGCCGGACGCGGUGGACCAGUUCCUCUCGUGCCCGACAGCCGAGGCGUGUACCGGCGGUGGGCAGUGCGCGGCAGGAUACACGACGCGGCUGUGCGCGAGCUGCGCGUCGGGCUACUAUCGGCUGGGAACCAAGUGCCGCAAAUGCAACAACGCGCGGCAGGGCCUCCUGGUGACGCUCAUUGUGAUACUUGUUCUUGUUGUUCUCGGUGCGCUGCUCGGGUUCAACCUCGCCGAGUCGCUGACGUACAAGUUUGUGGCGGCGAUGAUUGGGCUCAACGCACUGCAGAUCUGCGCCAUGUACGGCGAGCUGGACCUGGACUGGGGCGCUUUCGGGCGGGCGUUUUUCAACGUGGCGUCGAGCCUCAACCUCAACAUGGAGCUGACGUCGCCCGAGUGCGCGGCGGCCAAGGGCAUUGACAUUUGGGUGCUCAAGCUUGUGCUCACGCUUUUGCUGCCUGUGCUUGCGGCGGGCGGGCUUGCGCUGAUUGCCGGCGGCGUGUUCUACCCACUCAUUGUGGUGGACGCGCCGUGGUUUGGCAGCAAGUCUGUGAGUCUCUUGGUGUCUGCGCUAUGGCGGACGCUGUUCCAGGUCAUGGUCCUGCUGUAUCUGCCGCUUGUGGACGCGUCGUUCUCUGUGUUUGGAUGCGGGCGUGACGAGGCCGGGCGGUGGUAUGUUGCGGCGGAUCCUUCGCGGAGCUGCUACAAUGCGGCGUGGUGGGGCCUGUUCCCGAUUGGGCUCUUGGGCAUUGCCAGUUAUGCGGUGGCGGUGCCUGUGGCGACAGUGAUGCUGCUGCGGGCACGGCGGAAGGCACUCGACGAGGUGGCGUACGUGCUCAAGUACGGGUUCCUUGUGGCGCGGUUUGUGGACGAGUGCUGGUGGUACGAGGCGGCGAUCAUGGGGCGCAAGCUUGCGGUGGUAGUGGCCAUGACCUUUAUGUUCUCUGCUGACGGCAAGGCGUCUGCUGGCGUUGUGGUUCUCAUUCUCUCGCUCAUCCAGCUUGCGGUGACCAAGCCGUACCGUUCUGCGUUGCACAACGUGGUGGCGAUUGUGGCGCUGACAGCGGUGACGCUUGUUCUCGAGUCGGGCACCUUUGACGACAAAGGCCUUCGGCAGACUGGCGUCAAUCUCGGCAUCGUGGUCAUCAUCGGCGUCAUUCUUGUUGGCAACGGGCUCGACUUUUGGCGGCUGACCCGCGACGAGAAGGAUGUCGACCAAGAGAUGGUCAUGGCGGAGGAGAGCGGCGAUGAGAUGAUGAUGACGUCGAUGGGCGAUGUGCGGGUGGAGGACAAGCUCGAUUCGGUGUGCGAGCUGCAGUCUGCGGCAAUGGCGCAGCAGGCCUCACUCGGCUUUUCGUCCAACGGCAUGACAUCGACGGCGAUGCUGGACACGGCCAACGACUCGCUGGCAGCGGUGCCGACGCCGACGGCGCUCAACUCGAGCAUGCCGACGAUGGUGUACUCGGCGUCGUCGUCCGAGUUUACCCCCAACGGGCUCGCGUCGAGGUCGCAGCCUGUUGUGCCUGCGCCGCCCCCGUCGCCGAUGUCACCCACCGCCGCUACGCCGGUGCCGCCGAUACCACCUGCGCGGCCGCCGGCCAAGCCCGUGCGGCCAACCCGUGCGGCUGUACAGCCACCUGUGAGGCCUGCGCGACCGGCGGUGGCGCCCAAGCCAAACAUAGGCAGCGUGGAGGAGAUAGUGUAAAAGCAUGCCAAGGGCG